GCGGCGAGCGCGGCGGCGCCGGCCGACGGGAGUCAAGCCUGCGCCGUCAGGCCGCCCAUCCGCACCUUCUCCCUCGCCGAGCUCAAGAAGGCCACCCGCAACUUCAGCAAAGAGAACGUCGUCGGCAGAGGAGGCCACGCGAAGGUGUACCGGGGAUGCCUCCCCGGCGGCGAGCUGGUGGCGGUGAAGCGGCUAUCGGCGGCGGCGGCGCAGGACACGGGCGGGCGGGUGGAGAGCUUCCUGUCGGAGCUGGGCCAGGUGGUGAGCCUGAGCCACCCGAACAUCGCGAGGCUGGUCGGCGUCGGCGUGGACGGCGGCGAGCACCUGGUGUUCCCCUUCUCCCGCAUCGGCUGCCUCUCCGGGAGGCUGCACGGCGCCGGCGCCGGCGAGGAGGCGAUGCCGUGGGACGCGAGGUACAGGGUGGCCGUGGGCGCCGCGCGCGGGCUGGAGUACCUCCACGAGAGGUGCGCGCGGCGGAUCGUCCACCGCGACGUCAAGCCGGCCAACAUCCUGCUCAAAGACGACUACGAGCCAAUGAUAUGUGAUUUUGGGCUCGCGAAAUGGCUGCCGCCCAACAUGACGCAUUACCAAGUGACCACCUUCGAAGGCACAUUCGGGUACUUGCCGCCGGAGUACACGUCGCACGGCAUCUUCAACGAGAAGACGGACGUGUUCGCCUACGGCGUCGUCCUCCUGGAGCUCCUCACCGGCCGCCGCGCCAUUGACGCCAAGAAGAAGCUCAGCCUCCUCACAUGGGCGAGGCCGUUCCUGGACUCCGGCGACGGCGACGGCGACGGCGACGCGGCGGUGAGGAAGAUGGUUGACCCUGCGCUCGGCGGGCGGUACGACGGCGAGCAGCUGGCCAGCGUCGCCUGCGCCGCCAAGCUCUGCAUCCACGCCUCGCCGGAGCUCCGGCCGCAGAUGAGCCAGAUUACACGUAUUCUCCAAGGAAACGAAGAGCAUCGACAAAGCGAGGGGCCCAGAAGAACGGCGACGGACCAUCGCGCCGUCGAUCGCCACGUAACGAACGGCCAGGAUUCCGCCACGAGGCGCCAGCUGGACGAUCUGAGGCGCCACGAGGCGCUCGCCUUCGACUUCGAAUGGGAGAACACCACCACGUCAGCAGAAAUAGAUCACCAUCUCUCUGUCGUUCAUACCAGUAAUUAAUUAGCAGACAUGGAGUUCGUUUCCUGACUUGUACCUAUGGUUUUCUCAUGUUGUUUUUUGAUCGAAAUGUACGUGUGAGAUUUUGAUCUGAUUCACACAUUUUUUGUCAUUUGAGAAGGCAAAAUUUUGGUGGCCCUGCGAUUGAUUUUGCAUUUCAGCGAACAAAUCCA